UCAGCGAGAGAAACUCGGUCCUUUGGCCCUGUAGCCAUUCUCUGGAUUGUCUGGUGCAACUCGCUGUGGUCGUUCUCAUCAGGGUUCAUCCACCACCUGACGAUCUUUAGCGUCGCGUCGUGCAUAUAUAAUCAGUCAAUAUGCCUCCCAAAUUUGACCCAAACGAGGUCAAGAUCGGUAAAUGCUGUAAAAUGUGUUUUUUCUUAGUCGAUAAAAUCGACGAUGUGACAUGGGGUUCUCCCGAGUUCAGUAUGUCUAAGAUGUGUUGGUGGAGAAAUGGCAGCCACUUCAUCAUUGGCUCCCAAAAUUGGUCCCCUUGGUCUAUCUCCAAAGAAGGUGGGUGACGACAUCAUGAAAGCUACUGGAGACUGGAAGGGUCUGAAGGUCACUGUAAAACUCAUCAUUCAAAACCGUCAGGCUCGUGUUGAAGUUGUCCCCUCAGCCGCAUCCUUGGUUAUUAAGGCUUUGAAAGAACCUCCACGUGACCGCAAGAAGGUCAAGCAUAUCAAACACAAUGGCAAUAUCACUUUGGAUCAGAUGAUUGAAAUUGCCAGAACAAUGCGCUUCAGGUCCCAGGCCAAGCAGCUAUGUGGAACCUUGAAGGAAGUCCUUGGUACUGCUCAGAGUGUUGGGUGCACAGUGGAAGGCCAGAACCCCCAUGAUAUAAUUGAGGGGAUUGAUGAAGGCACAAUAGAAGUACCUGAAGAGUAAGCAAGCAUCAGUCCCUACUUAACCCGUGGAAGCUUCAACUUGACCAGAGGUCCAUUGUUUGCUUACAUUCCUCACAAAAGUCAUGAUCAUUCCCAUGAAACCAUUCCUGGGUAUAAAUAAAGUAGGAGACUCAA